AUGGGUUCCCUGUGGAGCUGGUGGACGGUCUGGGCCGGAGCAGCCCUCCUGUGGGUUGGGCGCUCCGCUGCGGAUCCCUGCCAAGGUGUGCGGUGUGCGGCUGGGCAGCGCUGCCAGGCGACCGGCACGAAGACCUCGUGUGUGGCCGAGUCCACGGCCGUCUGCCAAGCCCAGGGUGACCCUCAUUACACCACCUUCGAUGGGCGUCGCUACGACAUGAUGGGCACUUGCUCCUACACCAUGGCGGAGUUGUGUGGGAAGGACGAGUCCCUGCCCGCCUUCAGUGUGGAAGCCAAGAACGAGCACAGGAGCAACCGUCUGGUCUCCUACGUGGGCUUUGUCACCGUGCGCGCCUACAGCCACUCCGUGUCGCUGGCCCGCGGGGAAGUUGGCUUCGCCCGGAUUGACAACCAGCGCUCGCGCCUGCCGGUCUCCCUGAGCGAGGGUCGCCUGCGAGUGUACCAGAGUGGGACACGGGCCGUGGUGGAGCUGGACUUCGGGCUGGUGGUCUCCUAUGACUGGGACUGCCGGCUGACAGUGAGCCUGCCCGAGCGCUUCCGAGACCAGGUGUGUGGUCUCUGCGGCAACUACAAUGGCAACUCCACCGAUGACUUCCUCACACCUGACUGGGAGCAGGUUUCUGACGUCAUGGAGUUUGCCAACAGCUGGAAGUUGGAUGACGGCGACUACCUGUGCGAUGACGGCUGCCAGGAAAACUGUCCCUCCUGCACCCCCGGCCAGGCCCAGCACUACGAAGGCCACCGUGUCUGUGGCAUGCUGACCGUGUCUGAUGGCCCCUUUGCAGCCUGCCAUGAAACCCUGGACCCCCGACCGUUCCUGGAAGAUUGUGUGUACGACAUGUGUGUGACUGGCGGGGAGCGAUCCACCCUGUGCCGCAGCCUGAGCGCCUACGCCCAGGCCUGCGUGGAGCUGGGCAUCGCGGUGGGAGACUGGAGAUCACCAGCCAACUGCCCCAUGUCCUGCCCGGCCAACAGCAGCUACCAGCUCUGCGGCCCCGCCUGCCCGGCCACCUGCAACUCCGAGGCGGCGCCGGCCAACUGCUCGGGGCGCCCGUGCGUGGAGGGCUGCGUGUGCCUCCCCGGCUUCGUGAGCAGCGGUGGUGCCUGUGUGCCAGCCUCGUCGUGCGGAUGCACCUACGAGGGUCGGCCCCUGGCGCCCGGCCAGGCAGUGUGGGCGGACGAUCAGUGUCGCCAGCGCUGCACCUGCGAUGGCGCCACCCAGAAGGUGAGUUGCCAGAGCACGCAAGGCUGCCCGGCGGGCGAGCAGUGCCAGGUCCAGAACGGCCUCCAGGAUUGCUACCCCACCAGCUUCGGAAGCUGCCAGGCGUCGGGCGACCCGCACUACGUCAGCUUCGACGGCCGGCGCUUCGACUUCAUGGGCACCUGCAUGUACCUGCUGGUGGGCUCGUGCGGCCAGAACGCGGCGCUGCCCGCCUUCCGGGUGCUGGUGGAAAACGAGCAUCGGGGCAGCCAGACCGUGAGCUACACGCGCGCCGUGCGGGUGGAGGCCUACGGUGUGGAGGUGGCCGUGCGCCGGGAGUACCCUGGCCAAGUGCUGGUGGAUGGCAUCCUUUAUUACCUGCCCUUCCAAGCCGCAGAUGGGCAGGUGCAAGUAUUCCGCCAGGGCCAAGACGCCGUUGUGCGCACAGACUUUGGCCUGACUGUCACCUACAACUGGAAUGCCCUAGUGACCGUCAAGGUGCCCAGCAGCUACGCUAACGCCCUGUGUGGACUCUGUGGGAACUUCAACGGGGACCCGGCUGACGACCUGGCUCUGCGGGGCGGAGGCCAGGCUGCCAACGCUCUGGACUUCGGAAACAGCUGGCAGGAGGAGCCAAGCCCCGCCAACUGUGGAGCGAGCGAGCCGGGUGACUGUCCCAAGCUGGACUCCCUGGUGACCCAGCAGGUGCAGAGCAAGAAGGAAUGCGGAAUCCUUGCUGACCCUUCGGGGCCCUUCCGGGAGUGUCACAGCAAGCUGGACCCCCAGGGUGCAGUGCGGGACUGUGUCUACGACCUCUGCCUGCUGCCAGGCCAGACCGAGCUACUGUGCGAGGCGUUAGCCAGCUACGCGGAUGCUUGCCAGGCUGCUGGGGCCACCGUGCAACCCUGGAGGACUGAGGAGUUUUGCCCCCUGGGCUGUCCACCUCACAGCCACUACGAGGCAUGUUCCCACGGCUGCCCGCUGUCCUGUGGAGACCUCCCAGUCCCCGGCGGCUGUGGCUCGGAAUGCUACGAGGGCUGCGUCUGUGAUGACGGCUUCGCGCUCAGCGGUGAGUCCUGCGUGCCCCUGGCCUCCUGCGGCUGCGUCCACCAGGGCGCCUACUACCCGCCAGGCCAGAGCUUCUACCCCGGACCCGGGUGCGAAUCCCUCUGCCACUGCCAGGAGGGCGGCCUGGUGUCCUGUGAGCCCGCCUCCUGCGGCCCGCAGGAGGCCUGCCAGCCCUCCAGCGGAGCCCUGGGCUGCGUGGCGGUGGGCUCCGUCACCUGCCAGGCGUCCGGAGACCCCCACUACACCACCUUCGACGGCCAGCGCUUCGACUUCAUGGGCACCUGUGUGUAUGUGCUGGCUCAGACCUGCAGCGCCCGGCCUGGCCUGCCCCAGUUCACCGUCCUGCAGGAGAACGUGGCUUGGGGCAAUGGGCAAGUCAGUGUCACCAAGGCGAUCACAGUCCAGGUGGCUAACUACACCCUGCGGCUGGAGCAGAAUCAGUGGAAGGUCACGGUGAACGGCGUGGACCAGAAGCUGCCAGUGGAGUUGGCCGAGGGCCAGGUGCGCGCCUACCAGCACGGCUCGGACGUGGUGAUCGAGACCGACUUCGGGCUGCGCGUGGCCUACGACAUGAUGUACUACGUGCGGGUCACCGUCCCAGGCAACUACUACCAGCAGAUGUGCGGCCUGUGCGGAGACUACGAUGGCGACCCCAAGGAUGACUUCCAGAAGCCCGACGGCUCACAGGCCGCCAACCCCAACGAGUUCGGCAAUUCCUGGGAGCAGGCGGUGCCGGGCUCCCCCUGCGCGGCCCCGCCCGAGUGCGAGGAGUGCAAGUGCAGCCCGGAGCAGGAGGAGCAGUACCAGAAGGAGCAGUUCUGCGGCAUCCUCACCAGCACCACCGGGCCGCUGGCCGCCUGCCACAAGCUGGUCGCCCCCCAGGGGCCCUUGGAAGAGUGCGUCUUCGACCUCUGCCUGGGCGGGGGCAACCUGAGCAUUCUCUGCAGCAACAUCCAUGCCUACGUGAGCGCCUGCCAGGCGGCGGGAGGCCAAGUGGGCCCCUGGAGGAACGAGUCUUUCUGUCCCAUGGAGUGCCCCCCCAACAGCCACUACAAGCUGUGCGCAGACACCUGCUCUCUCGGCUGCUCGGCCCUCAGUGCGCCCCUGAAGUGCCCGGAACUGUGUGCUGAGGGUUGUGAAUGUGACCCUGACUUCCUCUACAAUGGUCAAACCUGUGUGCCCAUCCAGGAAUGCGGCUGCUACUACAAAGGCGCCUACUAUGCGCCAGAGGAGACGGUCCUGAUUGACGACUGCCAGCAGCAGUGUGUGUGCCACGCCGGCGAAGGCAUGGCGUGCCAGAAUCAUACCUGCGCAGCGGAGGAGGUGUGCGAGCCCCAAGCAGGCGUCCUGAGCUGCAUCUCCAGCUCUGGCCCCAAAGAUCCAUGCCAGGAUGUGACGUGCCAGCCACAGGAGACAUGCAAAGUUGAGAAUGGCCAGGGUGUUUGUGUGCCCAUCUCUGAGGUCACGUGCUGGCUGUGGGGUGACCCACACUACCACUCCUUCGAUGGCUGGGCAUUUGACUUCCAGGGCACCUGCAACUAUGUGUUGGCAACAACAGUCUGUCAAGGGGUCAGUUCUGAGAACCUGAAUCACUUCACCGUCACCACCAAGAAUGAAAACCGGGGUAAUCCCGCUGUGUCCUAUGUGAAGCUUGUCACUGUGAAUACCCUCGAGACCAACAUCUCCAUCCACAAGGACGAGAUCGGCAAAGUCCGGGUGAAUGGUGUGCUGACAACUUUGCCUGUCUCCGUGGCUGGUGGGCGGAUUUCAGUGACCCAUGGAGCAUCAAAGGCUGUGUUGAUGACUGACUUUGGGCUUCAAGUCACCUAUGACUGGAAUUGGCAGGUAGAGGUGAAGCUGCCCAGCAGCUACAGUGAAGCAGUGUGCGGACUCUGUGGGAACAUGGACAAAAACCCCAGUAAUGAUCAAGUCUUCCCUAAUGGCACAGUGGCUCCCUCAAUACCCACCUGGGGUGGCAGCUGGCGCGUUCCAGGCUGGGACCCAUUUUGCUGGGAUGAAUGCAAAGGGUCCUGCCCAACCUGCCCGGAGGAGAAGCUGGAAGAGUAUGAGGGUCCCGGCUUCUGCGGACCUCUGGCCCCUAACGCAACCGGUCCCUUCGCCUCCUGCCAUGCCCACGUGCCGCCCGAAAGCUUCUUCACGGGCUGUGUUCUGGAUGUGUGCCUGGGCGGGGGAACCCAAGACAUACUCUGCCAGGCCCUGGCUUCCUAUGCUGCCGCCUGCCAGGCUGCCGGAAUCACCAUCGAGGACUGGAGGACACAGGCCGGCUGUGAGAUCUCCUGUCCUGACAACAGCCACUACGAGCUCUGUGGCACCCCCUGCCCAGCCAGCUGCCCGCCCCCUGAGCCUUCCCCGACACCAGCUGUCUGCAAGGGCCCCUGCGUUGAGGGCUGCCAGUGCAAUGAAGGCUUCGUGUUGAGUGGUGAGCGUUGUGUCCCCCUGGACGGCGGCUGUGGCUGCUGGGCCAAUGGCACCUACUACGAGGCUGGCAGUGAGUUUUGGACUGAUGCUACCUGCUCUCAGCAGUGCCACUGUGGGCCUGAGGGUGGCUCGUUGGUCUGCAAACCUGUCAGCUGCGGGCUGGGUGAACAAUGUACCUUGCUGCCUUCUGGCCAGCAUGGCUGCCAACCUGUCAGCACAGCUGAGUGCCAGGCCUGGGGCGAUCCCCACUACACCACCCUGGAUGGCCACCGAUUCGACUUCCAAGGUACCUGCGAGUACCUACUGAGUGGGCCCUGCCCUGAACCACCCAAGGGGACCGAGAACUUCACCGUCACUGUGGUCAAUGAGCACCGGGGCAGUCAGGCUGUCAGCUACACCCGCAGUGUCACCCUGCAUAUCUACAACCACAGCCUGACACUCAGUGCCCGCUGGCCCCAGAAGCUACAGGUGGACGGCGAGCUCGUGGCGCUACCCUUCCAGAUGGACUCAGGCCUGCAUGCGUACCUGAGUGGCGCGGACGUGGUGGUGACCACGGCCUUCGGGCUCUCCCUGACUUUCGACGGGGACAGCUUCGUGCGCCUGCGCGUGCCAGCGGCGUACGCGGGCGCCCUCUGUGGCCUGUGUGGUAACUACAACAAGGAUCCAGCGGACGACCUGACAGCGGUGGGCGGGAAACCCGAAGGCUGGCAGGUGGGAGGAGAACCUGGCUGCGGGGAGUGCGUGCCCGGGCCGUGCCCGCCACCAUGCACAUCCGAAGAGCAGGAGGCCUUCGGUGGCCCCAACGCCUGCGGCGUGAUCUCCGCCCCCGACGGCCCGCUGGCACCCUGCCACAGCCUCAUACCACCUGCCCAGUACUUUGAAGCCUGCUUGCUGGACGCCUGCCAGGCCCAGGGCCACCCGGGAGGCCUCUGUCCUGCUGUGGCCGCCUAUGUGGCAGCCUGCCAGGCCGCUGGGGCGCAGCUCGAAGAGUGGAGGAAGCCUGAUUUCUGUCCUCUCCAGUGCCCUGCCAACAGCCACUAUGAGCUCUGUGGAGACUCCUGCCCAGUGAGCUGCCCCAGCCUCUCAGCACCUGAGGGCUGUGAGUCCACCUGCCGUGAGGGCUGUGUCUGUGAUGCCGGCUUCGUGCUGAGCGGUGACACCUGUGUGCCCGUGAGCCAGUGCGGCUGCCUCCAUGACGGCCGCUACUACCCACUGGGCGCUGCCUUCUACCCCGGCCCCGAGUGUGAGCGGCGCUGUGAGUGCGGGCCAGGUGGCCAGGUCAGCUGCCAGGAGGGCGAAGACUGCGGGCCCUACGAGGAGUGUCGAAUAGAGGAUGGCAUCCAGGCUUGUCACCCCACGGGCUGCGGUCGCUGCCUGGCCAGUGGAGGUAUCCACUAUGUCACCCUCGAUGGACGUGUCUAUGACCUGCAUGGCUCCUGCUCUUACGUCUUGGCUGAAGUCUGCGAGCGCAAGCCUGGUGAUGAGGAAUUUUCCAUCGUGCUCGAGAAGAACAACGCAUCGUCUGGAGAAUCCCAGCGCCUGAGGGUGACUGUGGCUGACCAGGUUGUGAGCCUGGCUCAAGGGCCACAGGUCACCGUGAACGGCGAGGCUGUGGCCCUGCCUGUGUCUGUGGACCACGUGCGGGUGACCGCAGAAGGCCGAAACAUGAUUCUGCAGACGACCAAGGGGCUGCGGCUCCUCUUUGAUGGCGACGCCCACGUCCUCAUAUCCAUCCCCAGCUCCUACCAUGGGCGCAUCUGUGGCCUCUGUGGGAACUUCAAUGGCAACUGGAGUGACGACUUUGUCCUUCCUACUGGCUCAGUGGCCUCCAGCGUGGAGGCCUUUGGAACUGCCUGGAGGGACCCCGACUCCUCCCAGGAGGGUUGUUCUGAGGGUUGCGGGUCUCAGGGCUGCCCUGUGUGCUUGGCAGAGGAGACCAAAGCCUAUGAGGACAACAAGGCCUGUGGGCAGCUCCAAGACCCACACGGCCCCUUCGCGGCCUGCCACGAGGUGCUGAAACCCUCUGAAUACUUCCGCCAAUGUGUGUACGACAUGUGUGCCCAAAAGGGUGACAAAGCUGUCCUCUGCCGGAGCCUGGCAGCCUACACAGCAGCCUGUCAGGCCUCCGGCUCGUCCGUGAAGCCCUGGAGGACAGACAGCUUCUGCCCGCUCGAGUGCCCCGCCCACAGCCACUACUCCAUCUGCACACACUCCUGCCAGGGCUCCUGUGCAGCCCUCUCAGGCCUCACAGGCUGCACCACCCGCUGCUUUGAGGGCUGCGAAUGUGACGACCGCUUCCUGCUCUCCCAGGGCGUCUGCAUCCCUGCCCGAGACUGCGGCUGUAUCUAUAAUGGCCAAUACUUGCCGACAAACUCCUCCCUGUUGACCUCGGACUGCAGUGAGCGCUGUUCCUGCUCCUCCAGCACUGGUCUAACCUGUGAGGCAGCUGGCUGCCCAGCCGGCCAUGUCUGCGAGGUCCAGGAAGGGUCCCGGGACUGCCGGAUUGCCCAGGGUGUCUGUACCGUCUCCUUGGGUGCCAACAUCACCACUUUCGAUGGGGCCAACAGCAUCUUCGGCUCCCCUGGUGUCUACGAGAUCUCUUCCCGCUGCCCAGCACUACGGCCAACCAUCCCCUGGUACCGUGUGGUUGCUAAUGUCCAGCCCUGCCAUAAAAACCCUGAAGCUGUGAGCCAAUUCCACAUCUUCUUCCAGAAUGGUAUGGUGACUGUGACCCCAGGCAAGGGCGUGUGGGUGAAUGGUCUCCGAGUGGAUCUCCCAGCUGUAGUGUUCACAUCUGUGUCUGUGAGGCAGACACCCGACGGCGCCAUUAUAGUCCACCAGAAGGGAGGGGUCCAAGUCCGACUUGAAACCGACGGGCAGCUGACUGUGAUGGUUGGCAAUGACCAUGCUGGCAGGCUCUGUGGGGCCUGUGGAAACUUUGACGGGGACCAGACCAAUGAUGUGCCCCAGGAGACAGGAAUGGAUAAAUGGAAAGCCAAGGACUUCUCCCAAUGUUAUGACUGAUCAGUCAUCCACCAGGAAUGGAGACCUCAAGACCUGACCCUUCUGGAGGCUGAAGGAUGCACUAUGUGCCCCUACCCUGCUCUACCCCUUUGCUGAGCCACUGAGGCCAAAUGUGAGAGCAC